CGUGCUUCUCUCCGGUACAAUGGCGGCAGUCGGAGCGCCGUCCUCCGUGUUUUCUCGGGUUUCUGCCCACGGAGCAGCAGCGGGAGAGUUAAUAAAGCUGUAAGACAGAAACAGCAGCAGUUGGUGAACUCUGGAAAGAAGAGAAACGGUUUGAGGCUCAGCUGGAACUGCUCAGUAACUGUUAAAGGAAAGUUUGGAGAGAGAAAAGCUAGCAGAGAUGUGGAGACAGCAGGUCAAACAGCGACUGGAUGCAGCAGAGGAGCAGAGACACGAAAUACUGGAUGCUGCUUUCAGCCCCGAACAUCGGCUGCACACAUCAGAUGUUCAGCAGGUUCUGCUGGUUAAACAAGAACCGAGUCCUGAUCCGGACCAGAACCACCCAGAACCCGUCCACAUGAAGGAGGAAGAGGAGGAACCCUGGAGCAGCCAGCAGGGGGAGCCGCUCAGCGUGAAGGAGGAGGCUGAUGCCUCCAGGUCUCCAGUCAUUGCUGUUCUCAUAAAGAGUGAAGAUGAUGAAGAGGAACCUCUGAUCGCUCAUCUUCAUCAAACAGAAGAUGGAGAACUGCCAAGCAGCAGCUCAGCUCAGCAGAUGAAGGCAACAACUGAGGGAGAGGAAGAAGGAGAGGAUGAUGAUGUGGAGCAGCCUGACUCAGGGUCUGAAACUGAAGACAGUGAUGAUGAGUGGAAGGACAGCAGGAGUCCUGAGUCCGGUGUCAACAGAUCCCUGAGCUGCUCUGAAUGUGGCCAGCAGUUUAACAACAAGCGCUCUCUUCAGAGUCACAUGGCCGAUCAUUCAGCACCAACGUCUUCAAGCUCAGCCAAUGAGGUCCAGGCAGGUCUGAAGCUGUAUGGUUGUCCUGACUGCGAUAAAUGUUUCAACAGGAAGGAUUAUCUCAACAAACACAUGAAAUGCCACACAGGAGAGAAACCCUACGGGUGUGAUGUUUGUGAACAAAGAUUUAGAGUUAAGUCUAAAUUAAAUCGACACAUGAAAAUUCACACAGGAGAAAAACCAUUUAGUUGUGAGGUUUGUGAACAAAAAUUUAGAGUGAAAUCAAGUUUAAACAGACACAUCAGAAAGUCUGCUUUAAACCGUCACUUGGCAAUCCACACAGGAGAUAAACCUUUUGGUUGUGAUGUCUGUGGGAAAAGGUUCAGUGAAAAUUCUCAUUUAAACUGUCACAUGAGAAUCCACACAGGAGACAAACCGUUUAGUUGUGAUGUUUGUGAGCAAAGAUUUCGAUUCAAGUCAAAUCUAAACAGACAUGUGAAAAGUCACACAGGAGAAAGACCUUAUGGAUGUGACGUUUGUGGACGAAGAUUUUUUCAGAAGUCUGCUUUAAAUGGUCACAUGACAAUCCACCGACGAGAUAAACCAUUUGGUUGUGAUGUAUGUGGUCGAAGAUUUACUGCAAAACCCGCCUUAAAAAAUCACAUGAGGAUCCACACUGGAGGAGAAACUGUUUAGGGAACAAUCAACGCUUGUUCUGCCGUUCUCUCUGGGUCCUCCCACCGGCUAAAGGACAUGGCUGCCCAGCAGAAUUGGUCUGUCCAAACUGCCUUUGUGUCUGCACACUUUAUGUUCUUUGUGUAAACACCAAUGGGCCGACGUGUAAAAAGCCAGGAUUCAUUGGAAGUUCAGGCAGUAAAAAAAUCAAAUGUGGAUCCACAAAGGAAGAAUUCUAAAUAUGAAGACAAUGCAGGAAUGUUCACCCUUUAUUAAACCAACAGAAGUAUUUUGUGAUGCAGGUUAUUGAUUGAGUUCAACUAAAGUUGAUUGAGCGGCUGGGCUGUCUUUCCUUCCAUGAAGGCUCCAUUUUCAUAAAAUACUGAAUGAAAAAAGGAACGUCAUAUUUUAACAGUUUUUCUGUGAAACACUGACUGAAUAAACAGACAUUUUUAUUUCUCUCAUUAUUAAAUUUAGAGAUGUUCAUAAAAUAUUACAGAAGUUCUGAUCAAUCCAUCUGAUUCUUUAAGAGCAGCUUUGGGGCGUCGGCAAAGUUACAACCAAAUGUGACGUAAAAAAUGGUUUAAAACGUUUUUAAUGUGAUCAGGCUGUAAGUGGUGCUGAUGCUAAAGGCUCAGAGUCACUGAUAAAACCUUUAUGAAGUUUUAAAGCUCUAAAUAAAUCAAGUUUUAAUGACUGUCUCCACUUCAUACAAUUCCUCAGAAAUAUUCAUUUAUUGCAUUGACUCUCAAUACAAGUUAUUGAUUUACUUAAUCUGUAAGUAGGUAGAAAUAAUGAAUAUCUUGGAAAUAAAACACUCAAAGCAUCAGAGUUUUAUAGAAAAAUAUCCAGAUUUUGUGUGUGUGUUUUUAGAGGCUCGAUGUUGAAGAUGGUAGGAAAUAAAAUCAGACAUUUCUGAGUUUCUCUCUGCUCUCUGCUCCAACCCUCUGAGCUGUCAGCCACUCGCUGCUCAUCCACUUUCUGCUGUUUCUAAUUCUUCUGAUUAACGUAAUAGUUAGAGAUAAAUAUGAUUCUGGAGCCUGGUGUUUUAAAGUAAUGAAAUAAUAAACUACAGUCUGAUUUUUACUGUUAAUGAGUUUCUUCCUUUUGAGCAGUGAAAGGAAAUAAAAGGUUUACAUGUCUUUUACUUACUGGAGGAUUUACUGUUUGUACUGCAGAGCCACAGCUAAAUAGCUGACUGCUAGCUGACUGCUAGCUGACUGCUAGCUGACUGCUAGCUGACUGCUAGCUGACUGCUAGCUGACUGCUAGCUGACUGCUAGCUGACUGCUAGCUGACUGCUAGCUGACUGCUCUGAGAGCCGGUACCGGGGUACUGGUCCUGCCACACAUCGGACCGGACCAUUGUUCUAAUAAUAGGGGGGGAACUGAUGUAGCUCCUGUGAGAUCAGUCUAUCAGAGGUCAGAGCUGCGGCGCCCCCUGCUGUUACAGUCUAUCUGAGCCAUGAAAGGCUCAGGUAGCUGCUGUGCUUUCUUUGGUUCAAUACCAGCACAAUAUUUACUGCUAGUAAAUUUUACAUGCAACAGUCCAUACAGCAAAUAGGUUGCUUAAUUUUUUUUAUUAUUAGCUUUAGCUAACUGAAAGUCUCUCCCCACCAGCAACAGGAAAUGUGCAAAAUACACAUAAAGCAAUCCAGACUUCUCAAACAUGCUGCUGAAUAUAACUUCAAUAAAAAAUAUGUUUUCUCCACGUGUUAAAGCUGCCACCACGUUUUCUAUGAGACUGAUAAUCUGUAAAGAUCAAUCUCCACCUGCUGUUUUUAUUCUCCUUUUAUAAAAUUGUUUGAAUUUCUGUCAGUAAUAAUUAUAUUGUUUUUGUUGUGUAAUUGUAAAAGGAACAGAGAGACAGGAAAAGUCCCUAUAGACUCCCUGGACUGAUGCUAACUAGCUUGUCAUUGAACACCUUUUUCACUGGGACAGGGGUCAAAGGUUAACCAGGUCAGAGCUGCUGCUGACCGACUCAUCUGUAGUUUAGUGGUAAAAUGUACAAGUUAAAUAUAUUAAUAUGGACUUAAAUUAUUUCCUUCAUUUAUUACAUGUUAGAAUCACCCACCCAGAUCUACAUCACCCAGAUCUACAUCACCCAGUUCAUUUUUCUUUUUUUCCCCUCCAUGGUCUUUUGUGGCUCUAGUGUCUCUUAUAUGACAGCAGGCUGACAGGAAGGGGGGAAGACAUCCGGCAAAUGUCGGCAGGUCCGGGAAUCGAACCCGCGACGGCCGCGUCGAGGACUCAAGGCCUCCAAAUGUGGGUCGUGGUAUCCCCUACUCCACCACAGCACCCAGUUCUACACCACCUAGUUCUACAAACAUGGAGAAGCAGCAUUCAGCUUCUAUGCACCACAGAUCUGGAACAAACUUCCAGAAAACUGAAAACCAGCUGAAACCCUGAGUUCCUUUAUUGCAGACUGAAACCAGUUGCUAUGGAAACAUAAUCAGUGAAACAUUGAUCAUUAAUCUGAUGUGCAGAAUGUUGUUGACUGUUUCUGACUUUGUAUUUUUAUGAAGUAAAGCUCUUUGAAAUGCCUUGUUGCUGAAAGGUACAGAU